AUGGCGGAUUUGCUCGGAGGGGCUGCUGUAGGGGUAGUUUUUGAUCGUCUAAUGCGAGCUGUUUCAGACGUAUCCUCGGAAGUAGCAAGUUUCAGGUCCGAGCUGAACCACUUGAAAUCAACUCUGAUUUUAAUUAAGCCAUUUAUCGAGGACAUAGAGGAGCUGAACAGAGUGUUAAACUGCCGACAAGAAGGAGCGGAGACGCUCAAUAAUCGGUUCGAGCAAGGUGAAAUGCUCCUUCACAAGUGCUUGAAAAUCAAUCGGUGGAAUCUAUUUCAGAAGUAUUCGUACGCGAAGAAAUUGGCGAAAUUUCAAGGCUCGUUGUUGUGGUUUUUUCAGAUAAAUGUGCAGGCUGAGUUGUCUAGAGAUGGCAAAAGUAUUUCUAUGGGAGUAAAAGUUCUCGAGGAGAAAAUGGAUGAAAUAAUUUCUAUCCGAGAUAAUGAUCGUAGUGUUAACUCAAAUGGCUUUUCAGGCUGGUGUGGCGUCCCGGGAGUCCCGGAUUUUGUGGUUGGAUUAGACGUGCAGCUUCAGGAACUGAAGGCGAUGCUGCUAAAGGAUGGAGUGCCAAUUGUCGUGCUUUCGGCUCCUGGUGGCUGCGGCAAGACUACACUCUCAAAAUUGCUCUGUAAUGAUGAUGAGAUUAAAGGUAUAUAUGGGAAUAAUAUCUUCUUUCAGACUGUCUCGAGAUCACCUAUCCUCCAGCUAAUAGUUCAAAAAGUGAUUCAGAGUAACAAAAACCAGGGGGUGCCUAUCUUUCAAAGCGAUGAAGAUGCUAUAUACCAACUAGAACAGUUUUUCCUGCAGGAAAUAGGACCAGCUCCCAUACUAUUAGUCCUGGACGAUAUAUGGUCAUGGUCCGAGUCACUCAUUGAGCAGUUCCUUCUUCCAAUACCUGGAUAUAAAAUUUUGAUUACAUCAAGAUUCGUUUUUCCACAAUUUGAAUGGACUUAUAAAUUAAAUAUGUUGAAUCAUCAAGAUGCAAUGACUCUGUUUCAUCAUUAUGCCUUUAAAGAUGGGAUCUGCACUGUGCAAAAACAUCUUGCAGAAGAGGUGGUCAGAGGUUGCUCAGGAUCUCCUUUGGCCCUUAAAGUUAUUGGCAAGUCACUCAAUAGGCAGCCUGAGGUGAAGUGGAUUAGUACAGUUCAUGAUUGGUCCCAAGGGCAAUCCAUUUAUGACACCAACAAGGUUUUUCUUAGUCGGCUCAAAACCAGCUUAGAUGCCUUGGAUGAAAUGGCAACCCUCAAGAAUUGUUUCUUAGAUCUUGGUUUAUUUCCUGAAGAUCAAAGGAUCCCUGCUGCAGCUCUCAUGGAUAUUUGGGCGGAACUGUACAACCUAGAUGAAGGUGGCAUGUAUACCCUUGUCUAUCUCCAUGAACUCUCAAACAGAAAUCUGGUCAAUCUUACUCUUGUGAGAAAAGAUGAUCAGGAUGCCAUUGACUAUUGCAAAGGGCAUUUUGUGAUGCAACAUGAUCUUCUGAGGGAGUUGGCUAUCCACCAAAGUGGACAAGGUUCUAUAGAAAGGAGAGAGCGACUCGUUGUGGAAAUAAAUGGGAAUGCAUUCCCUGAGUGGCUAACUGAUCGAAAGCAGCAACCCAUCAAUGCCCGCAUUUUGUCCAUCUAUACAGAUGAAGCAUUCUGCUCAAACUGGUCUAACGUGCAACUACCUGAUGUUAAGGUUUUAAUACUGAACUUUCAAACCAAAAUCUAUGCCUUACCCCCAUUUAUGGAGAGAAUGAGCCGCCUGACAGUUCUAUUAGUGACAAAUUAUGGUUUCACCCGAGCAUACCUAGAAAACUUUCCGCUGCCUAGUCAGUUUGUCAAUCUAAAGAGACUUAGGUUGGAGAAUAUUUCCAUCCCUUCUAUUGCUACUGCCAUACUGCAGCUAAAAAAUUUGCAGAAAAUAUCCAUGGUCAUGUGUGAAAUCGGGAAGGCAUUCGAAGUAUCCACAAUUUCAAUCUCUGAUACAUGGCCAAUUCUCAAUGAGAUCAAUAUCGAGUAUUGUGAUGACUUAGUUGAAAUACCAGCAUGGUUUUGCGGCCUUAUCCAUCUUAAGAAGAUCAACUUAAGAUACUGUCAAGAGUUGGUUACUCUUCCUGCAGAACUGGAAAAUUUGACAAAUUUAGAAGUGCUGAGUCUUCAGUCUUGCACACAACUUCUGGAGUUGCCAGAAUCAAUUUCUGGACUCCGUAAACUGAGGUUCGUUGAUUUGUCGGACUGUGUGGUAAUGGACCACUUGCCAGAGCAGCUAGGUGACUUAUGUGGACUGCAAACAAUACGCAUGGUGGGUUGCACAGCGUUAUCUGAGCUGCCGCCUUCAGUAAUGGAUCUUGUGCAGUUAGAACGUGUGAUAUGUGACGACGAAACAGCCUAUUUGUGGGAAUUCUACAAGGAUUAUCUAGAUAAGUUGGAGAUCAAUGUGGUAAAAGAAGAUAAAAACCUGAACUGGCUUCAUAAGAUUCCUGCUUGA